AUGGUGCUUUUACCGAUCUCCAUUGUCACAUACUUGAAUUUCUACAAGAUGUUGGUGCCUGUGGAGAGAUUUGCCGUGCCAGCGUCUUUUUUCAAGGAUACAUCGGGCCAGGGCCUUCUGCCUGUUUUCAGCGAAAUUGACCCUUCGUUGGCGUUGCCGUUUCUUCGACGGAACGCUGAUCUUCGGUUUUCUGUGAGGAUCAACUUGAGGGCCGUGUGUUUUGUUGAGCAGUCGUACCACCUUUUGCAAUACGUGUUCAAGCUUACGCCGCAAUUGAUUCGAGAGAACAGCUUCAUCAUCAAUUGCGAUCUGAGAUACAUCUAUGUCGACAGAAACAGUUGGAUCCCGUACCACCUACGGUAUUGGGUUCCUCCGGUAUUUGUGGAUAUUUUCAAAACAGUGGAAGUAGAUUGGCCAUUGUUCUACAGUACGGGUGCUCAGCUUGUUGAAUUGUUACGGGACCAACAGAGCUAUCUCAAGUUUCUUGACACUCGGCCGAUCAUCAUAGACAACUCACGAACAUCGCUAGAUUUCGUCAUCGAGUGGGAUGGCAUUCGCUACUAUCUUGUGAAGUACUACUUUCUCAGUCUUUUCAUUGGCGUGUUGAUAUUUUGGGCGUCGAGUUCCUUCAUAUGUAUGCUUUCUACAGUCUAUUACUACAAUAAGUUCAGCGAGGAAGAGGAAACCUCAGACACCUCAGAGAGAAAGCCAUCAAGUUCAAAGUGA